AUGAUAUUUUUGGAACCCCUGCGCACAGGUGCCAUCCUCCAGUACCGUGACCUCAUUCUCCGCAACGAUCAACGUGAAAUUUGGACCAGAUCAUUCUCCAAUGAAAUCGGUCAACUUGCGCAAGGAGUUGGAGACCGCAUUGACGGCACCAAUACCAUCUUUUUCAUCCACCACCAACAGAUUCCCCCUGGACGCAAACCUACAUAUGGCCGCAUAGUUGUCGACAUUCGACCACAGAAGGCAGCAAAAGAACGCACCCGGCUCACUGUUGGUGGCAACCUCAUUGACUAUCCCGGUGAUGUCAGUGCAUCCGUAGCUGAUCUCACCACUGCCAAAACAUUAUUCAACAGCGUUGUAUCCACCCCCGGAGCCAAGUUCAUGGGCAUUGAUAUCAAAAACUUCUACUUAGGCACGCCCAUGGAACGAUACCAAUACAUGUACCUACCCAUCGAAGUCAUUCCCCAAUAA